AUAAAGGCUCUAAUGCAAAUUAUCUCUUUCUUUGAGUGCUUGUACUAUAUUCAAAUUCCUUUUUUUUUCACUUGAUUACUUUAACAGACCCAUAUUUUUUGUUCACCGUUUUCACUAAGCUUUGGAGCCAAGAAACCUAUUUUCUUUCCCUUACUUUAAAAUGGGUUAUGGUGGAAAAUGUUUGUUAUAGAAUGCAUGUGCUAAGUUUUUCGAUGCAGUGAAAAGGAGCUGUGGAAAAAGGUGAGCAGAUAAUGAUGAUGAUGAUGAUGGAAGGUGGGGAAACUUCAGAUAGGAGAAAGAAAGACUCUACUGAUCAGUUCACUCAGACUGUGUUUUCUUGGACUCUUGAAGACAUUUCCAAUGAAAAUCUUUACAAAGACAAGGUGGAAAAGAUUCCUGAAUCAUUUCAAUCGGUUCAGCAUUAUUUGGGAUCUUUUGUCUAUCCUUUAUUGGAAGAAACUCGAGCACAAUUAUAUUCAAGUAUGGACGUACUGUAUAGAUUACCUUUUGGCGAGGUAGUUGCUUUUGAUGAAACCAAGUCAAAAGGAGAAAAAGUUUAUCAAGUUAGAGUUGAUUACUGGAGGAACAGAUUCAAUGAUAGGAGCAAGGAGCCUUACAAAACCUUGCCUGGAGACAUCUUGAUUUUUGUCAGUGCUAAACCAGAAACUUUUUCUGACUUAGAGAGGACAGGCAGAUCAUGGUCCUUUUUAUCAGUCUCUAGUAUCACUGAGGAUGAGAAAGGGGAUGAUAGUAGCUCUACUUAUUUCAAAGUCAAGUCAUCAACGGAGUUUGAACUGGAAAAGCAGAUGCAGACAUCAUUGUUCGUUGUUUUCUUGGCGAAUUUAACUACUAACAAAAGAGUUUGGAAAGCAUUGCAUAUGUCAAGAAACCUGAAGAUGCUUGAUUAUGUUCUGUGUAAUCGUUCUGGGGUUAUGGAAAAUUUUGAUACCUGCUCUGAGGAGAAUUGCUGCAUAUCUGAUGAGAAGUUGGUGAAGAGUCUAUCUUCCAAUAUGAAUGAGUCUCAGACUGGUGCAGUUCUUGCCUGUCUUCACAUGAUGCACUGCAAGAACAGAGGUGCUUUUGAGCUUAUUUGGGGUCCGCCUGGGACAGGGAAGACAAAAACUAAUGCUACCCUUCUUGUCUCCCUCAUGAAGAUGAACUAUAGAACCCUUGUUUGUGCACCAACAAAUGUUGCAAUAACUGAAGUGGCUUCUCGAGUCCUGAAGAUAGUUACAGAAUCUGAAUCCCUAAUGUGUUCAUUAGGAGAUAUUCUUCUGUUUGGCAACAAGGAGAGGCUCAAAGUUGGGUCAGAUAUUCAAGAGAUAUUUUUGGAAUAUCGAGUUCAAAGGCUUGCAGAGUGUUUUGGACCGCUUGGUUGGAACCAUUCCUUUACUUCCAUGAUAAACUUUCUUGAAAAUUGUGUUUCUCAGUACCAUGUUUUCCUGGGAAAUGAAUUGAUAAAAGAACAACAAGAACAGAGCUGUGAAAGUAAAACUAUAGAGGAAGGAAGCACAGAGAAGUUCAAAUCAUUUCUUGAUUAUGUGAGGAAAAUAUUUGGUUCCAUUGUGGAGCAGUUGAGAAAAUGCAUCUGGAACCUCUGUACACAUUUACCUCAAAGUUACAUUUUGGAUCAAAAUUUUCAAAACAUGACAGCCCUUAGUGGGUUACUUGAUCGUUUUGGAACACUUUUGUUUGAAGAUAGUAUGAUUUCUGGAGAACUAGAAGAGAUAUUUUCUUGUGCUGAAGGAAUUGAUUAUUCAUCUAAUUCAUUUGUGAAUAAUUCUUACUUGCUGUCAGUGAGAAGUGAGUGCCUUUCUAUCUUGAGAACCCUUCAUGGUUCCCUUAAACAACUUAAAUUUCCAAAUUUUAGAUCUGAAGAAGUAAUAACAGAGUUCUGUUUUCAAAGAGCUUCGUUGAUAUUUUCCACUGCAUCGAGUUCUUUUAAGCUGCACCAUAUGAAAAUUGAGCCAUUGGCCGUUUUGGUCAUUGAUGAAGCUGCACAACUGAAAGAAUGUGAGUCAACUAUACCUCUUCAACUUCCAGGUAUAAAGCACGCAGUUCUUUUUGGUGAUGAAUGGCAGUUACCAGCUACUGUUAGAAGUGAAAUUUCUGAGGAAGCUAGUUUUGGAAGAAGUUUAUUUCAGAGGUUGAGCAACCAGAGCCAUUCAAGGCAUCUCCUAAAUAUUCAGUACAGAAUGCACCCAUCAAUCAGUUCUUUCCCAAAUUCAAAAUUUUAUCAUAACCAGAUUGUGGAUGCGCCUAAAGUUAAAAGGAAAAGCUAUGAAAAGCGUUAUCUUCCAGGAUCAAUGUUUGGUACUUAUUCUUUUCUAAAUGUUAUUGGUGGAAGAGAGGAAAAAGAUGAUGAUGGGCACAGUCGCAAAAAUAUGGUUGAGGUUGCUCUUGUCAUCAAAAUACUGCAGAAUCUCUACAAAGCAUGGCGUGAGACACGAGUUAAACUUAGUGUCGGUGUGGUGUCUCCCUACUCUGCCCAAGUAGUUGCAAUUCAAGAAAAGGUUGGGAAGAAGUAUGAAACAAUUGAUGGCUUUCAAGUGAAGGUGAAAACAAUUGACGGGUUCCAAGGCGGAGAGGAAGACAUCAUAGUUAUGUCAACUGUAAGAUCUAGUAUAGGCCAGUCGUUGGAUUUCAUAUCCAAACCUCAGAGAAUGAAUGUUGCUCUCACUAGAGCUAGGCAUUGCUUGUGGAUACUAGGUAAUGAAAGAACCCUUGCUAAUAGUCAAUCUAUUUGGGAGGCGUUACUGGUUGAUGCAAAAAAUCGCCAGUGUUUCUAUAAUGCUGACGACAAUGAGGAUUUAGCCAAGGCUAUAUUAGAGAUCAAGAAAGAGCUUGAUCAAUUCGAUGAUCUUCUCAAUGCUGAUAGUAUGCUUUUCAGAAAUUCGAAGUGGAAGGUACUUUUCAGUGAUAACUUUUUGAAGUCAUUUAAAAAACUGACAUCAAUCCGGAGAAAGAAGUCAAUUUUAAACCUUCUUCUUAAGCUAUCCAGUGGGUGGAGGCCCAAGAGACAACUUGUGGAAUCAGGAAGUAAUAGUUCUAUGGAUAUAAUGAGAUUUAAGGUUGAAGGCCUGAUUGUUAUUGGUACUGUGGACAUCACAAAGGAUCUAAAUUACAAGCAAGUACUGAAGAUAUGGGAUGUUUUGCCUCCAGAUGAUGUACCGAAACUGAUAAAACGCCUUGAUAACAUUUUUGGCAAGUACACUGAUGAUUUUGUAAAACUCUGCAACGAAAAGUCUUUUGAUGGCAACUUGGAAAUACCAAAGAAUUGGCCACCCUCUUUGGAUUUUGUUCGGCUUAAGGAUCUCUCCAACAACGAAUCUGAGAGUGAAUUAAUUGGUUCCUCUUCAGAUGGAAGAAGUUACGUGGAAAAUUCGAAGGUCAGCGAGAGUUUGCUGCUGAUGAAAUUCUACUCCUUGUCUCAUGGUGUAGUAAACCACCUGCUAUCUGAUCGUGAUGGUAGGGAAAUUGAUCUUCCAUAUGAAGUAACGGAUGAACAAAUGGAGACCAUCCUUUUUAACAAAAGUAGCUUUAUACUUGGACGAUCGGGAACUGGAAAAACCACAGUUUUGACAAUGAAACUAUUUCAAAGAGAACAGUUGCACCAUUUUGCUAUGGAUGAGUUCCAUGGAGUCGAGACUGAUAUUGUUGGACAUGUUGGUGAAAAUAGUAUGGGACCCAAUACACUGGUAGAGAAAGGCAAUAAGGUCUUACGUCAGCUAUUUGUUACAGUUAGUCCUAAGCUAUGUAAUGCCGUCAAGCAACAUGUUUCUGACUUGAAAAGGUUUGCUUGUGAUGGCAGCAAUCUAGAUGAAAGUAGUUCAAUUGCUAUUGAUGAUAUAGAUGAUGAAGAAGCACAGUUCAAGAACAUUCUGGACUCUUUUUAUGACAUUCCUCCUGAUUACUACCCUUUGGUCAUAACAUUCCACAAGUUCUUAAUGAUGCUAGAUGGAACAUUGAGUAAAUCUUUUUUUGAAAGAUUCCUUAAUGUGGACGAUCUUUCUUCUGAUCAAGUUAGAAUUUCAAGAUCGGUGUUGCUUCAGACAUUCAUAAGGAACAAGGAAGUCAACUACGAGAAGUUUAGUGCUUUAUAUUGGCCUCAUUUUAAUUCCAAGUUAACAAAGAAGCUUGAUCCUUCUCGAGUCUUCGUUGAAAUAAUUUCUCAUAUCAAAGGUGGCCUACAAUCUAUAGAAUCAAGUGACAGUAAGCUAAGCUGUGAGGAUUAUCUUAAAAUGUCAGAGGGACGUUCCUCCAAUUUAAGUCGGGAAAAGAGAGAAAGAAUAUACAAUAUAUUUCAGAUCUAUGAAAAAAUGAAAAUGGAAAAUGGUGAAUUUGAUCUUGCCGAUUUUGUUAAUGAUCUUCAUUCUCGACUCAAGUAUGAAAGAUACAGGGCUGAUGAAAUGGAUUUUGUUUAUAUUGAUGAGGUGCAAGAUCUUACAAUGAGUCAAAUCACUUUGUUUAAGCACAUAUGUGGCAAUGUUGAAGAGGGAUUUGUUUUUUCCGGUGACACUGCACAAACAAUUGCAAGGGGAGUCGAUUUUAGGUUCCAAGAGAUACGCCAUCUAUUCUACAAGAAGUUUGUAUUUGAACCCAAAAGUGAACAAGGAGAGAGAAAAGAGAAAGGAUUGAUCUCCGAUGUUUUCCAUUUGUCUCAAAACUUUCGUACCCAUGCUGGUAUUCUGAAGUUGUCGCAAAGCAUAAUUGAACUUAUUUAUCAUUUCUUUCCACAGUCCAUUGAUCUUUUAAAACCAGAAACCAGUUUGAUAUAUGGGGAAUCUCCAUUGCUGCUUCAAUGUGGGGAUGAUGAAAAUGCAAUCAUAAAGAUUUUUGGCAACCGUGGAAAGACAAGUGGAAAUAUUGUUGGCUUUGGCGCAGAGCAGGUUAUUUUAGUGAGAGAUGACAAUGCUCGAAAGGAAAUCUCCGGCUAUGUUGGGAAGCAAGCUCUUCUACUUACAGUGCUGGAGUGCAAGGGACUUGAGUUUCAGGAUGUCUUACUGUACAAUUUUUUUGGUUCCUCCCCUCUAAAGAAUCAGUGGAGGGUCAUAUAUGAAUACAUGAAAGAGCAAGAUUUGUUUGACACCACCAUACCAAACUUCCCAAAAUUUUCCGAGUCCAAACAUAAUAUUAUAUGCUCUGAACUCAAGCAAUUAUAUGUUGCUGUCACACGCACAAGGCAAAGGUUGUGGAUUUGUGAAAGCUCGGAAGUUGCUGAACCUAUCUUUGACUAUUGGAGGAAGAAGGGUCUUGUGCAAUCUAAACAGCUUGAUGAUUCGCUUGCGCAGGCCAUGCAAGUCGCAAGCAGCCCUGAAGAGUGGAGAUCGAGGGGCAUUAAGCUCUUUCACGAAAACAACUAUGAAAUGGCCACAAUGUGUUUUGAAAGAGCUUGUGAUACGUAUUGGGAGAGAUUGUCUAAAGCUGCUGGACUCAAGGCUAUGGCUGAUCGAAUGCGCAUUUCAAAUCCUGAAGAAGCUAAAUCCAUCCUUAGAGAAGCUGCUGAGAUUUUUGAAGCUAUUGGCAAAGCUGAUUCUGCUGCCAGAUGUUUUUCUGAUCUGGGAGAGUAUGAAAGAGCAGGUCAUAUUUAUUUGGAAAAGUGUGGUGAAUCUGAGCUUCAAAAAGCUGGGGAAUGCUUUUCUCUAGCAGGGUGCCAUGAGAUUGCUGCUAAUGUUUAUGCUCGAGGGAAUUUCUUCUCAGAAUGUCUUACUGCUUGUUCAAAAGGAAAAUUGUUUGAGAUGGGUUUGUACUACAUUAAAUGUUGGAAACAACAUACAACAAAUGAGUGCAAUACUGCAGAGAGAAGGGAUGAAAUAGACAAAAUUGAGCAGACGUUUUUGGAGAAAUGUGCUUUUCAUUACUUUGAAAUCAAAGAUAUGAGGUCCAUGAUGGAAUUUGUUAAAGAAUUUAAUUCCAUGGAUUCAAUUCGGAACUUCUUGAGAUCACUAUGCUGCUUGGAUGAACUUUUGUUGUUGGAAGAAGAAAAGGAGAAUUUCAUGGAAGCUGCAAAUAUUGCCAAGCAAAUAGGUGAUAUAUUACGCAGGGUGGAUCUGCUGGGAAAAGCUGGAAAAUUUAAAGAAUCAGCUAUUCUUCUUCUUUUUUAUGUGCUUGCCAACUCCCUCUGGUCACCAGGUAACAAGGGCUGGCCCUUAAAGCAGUUCAAAGAAAAGGGUGAUCUCUUAACAAAAGCCAAAACAUUUGCCAGUAAUGAUACAAACAACUUUCAUGAGAUUGUUUGUACUGAGGCUGAUAUCGUUGCAAAUAAUAAGAGUGACUUGAUAACAAUCAUGAAUCAGAUGAUUUCUUCUCAGAGGCACAAGAGUGUUAGCGGCGAGAUUCUUUCUGGUAGAAAAAUUCUGGACGUGCACCUUUCCUUAAAACCCACCAAGUACUAUUGGGAAGACGAAAUGGUGGCUGAUGUAAGGAAGCAUUCAGAAGACAUGAUUUCUAAAAACCAGGUAUCAAUGAUGUCACUAGUUCACUUUUGGAAUUUUUGGAAGGACAAGAUUGUUGGUGUUUUGGAAUGUCUUAGAUGUCUUGAGACCGAAGAAGUUAAUGAGUUCAGAGAUUAUGGGGAGUUCUGUAUGAAUUUUUUAGGUGUUUGGAGUGAGUACAAUAAUUCGAAUCCAAUAUUUUUUUUCCUAUACCCUGAGGCUGAUUGGGCAAGAUAUGUGGCUAACAGAUCAAAGAGAGGAAAGUUGGUAUCUAUUGAUUUGCACCAGUUUGUUUCUGCUGCCCAGGGAUAUUGGUGUUCGGAGAUGCUUUCAGUUGGACUCACGGUUUUGGACAGACUCAAAGCUCUUUAUAACUUUCCAAUCCAGAAUUGUGAUGUACUUUUCUUCAAAAGUAGGGCUCUUACUCUGAUCUAUGAGGUUGCAACAUUUCUUUUGGAUGCAAAAAUUAUGAAGCUGAGGCAUCAUGAGUAUGAGAAUCUGUUGAAGUACAUUAGAUUUUCUACUGAGAACAUAGUUGGUUACAUAUUCCCAGACUGGCGGAAACCAUCGAGUAAAAACAUGAUUUUACUCCGAGGAGCAGACACUACUAAGAGUAUGUUGAAUCAAGUCAUAGCUGAAUCUGUACGUCUAAGUAAUAACAUCUCUCAUGGACAAAUUGGAAGAGUUGCCAUGAUUAUUCUUGGGUCUGGGAAGGUCAAUAAAGAACUCUGUGAGAAGGUUAUAUUAAAAUUGAACCGUGAUGAAAUGUGGAAACAAUGGAAGGUAUUCUUUGAAAAUCUACGCAAGGUUAGGGGAUCAGAUUUUCCAGAAGACUCUGUAUCUCCCGACAAUGGAGGAAAAUCAAGACAAGAUGGACCUACUAAAGCAUCUGAGACAGGAGUGUGGGAGAUGUAUCUUGUUUGUAGUUUCAAAGAAGCUAUAGAAAGUACCUACAUCACCAAUUGGAGGACAGUUAACGACUACAUAUCUCCUAGUUGUUUCUUGUAUCUUGUAGAGUACCUUCUGAUAUGGUUGUCUUCCUUUAAUGGUUAUUUUUUAUCCACCAAAUCUUCGUUUGUUGAAUGUCUUAUUUACCAUGAGAAGUUCACCAGCCUCUCUCAAACGUCCUCUUAUAAAGUCAAUCCAGAACCCAUACUUGCAUUCUUAUGCCAAGUAGUUCAAGAAUUUCUCAACAACAAGAUGGAUACAAUUCACUGGAUAGGUAAAUCUACCAGAGCAGUGAUGGAGAACUACUCUGUGCUUGUUACAAGACUUGUGGUGCUGACAUGUUUGCUUUGUGUCAACUUUGGCUUGAGUACUGAUUUACUCAUCAAUGUGCUGAAGAAGAUCCACAUAACCGAACAACUACCACACUUGUUUUGUGUUGCCCUCAAGAAAGUAAGAAGAAACAACAAUCCAGGUUUCAAUGUGAAUUUGAUUGCUGAAGCUCUUAAGAAGAUCAACAAUCCUUUGGUGAUUGUGAAUUUCUGGAGAUGUUGUCCGUUCAAGUCGUGUCCAGAUGCCGUGUAUGUAAGUAUGAGUUCCAACCCCUCCAAUGAUGAAAUAUUAAGAGUAUUGUUUCCGGACAAGGUUGAAGCUUCAGUGAGCUCAGUUGGAGUUGGAGCUUCUGCUACUGCUGCUGUGGUAGCUACUUCUGAGGGUGCUUCUAAGGAAGAGGUGCUGUCAUCGUCCAAGGCUUCUAAGGACGAAGCGCUGUCGUUGUCCAAGACUUGUCAAGCUAGUGUUGCUGCAGCAGAAGCAGCAGCACCAACACCCGCACCAGCAGCAGCACCGGCAGCUACUGAAGUACCAAGUAGCAGUCAAAAUCCAGAUAGCAAAAAGAAGGGAAGUAACAAGUACAGAAAAAACAAAAAUAGCAAAUCAAAAGGAAAGAAGAAAUAGGCUAAGUAUCUAAUGCAAUGGUAGUUGCUAAUUCUUAUGAUGAAACUCUAACGUAUUAUGUACUACAUACAUUAUGAAUAUGAAUAUUGUUGUUAUAAUCUAAGGAAAUUGAUAUAAUUCGGUUCAAGUAUAUUUUAUAAAUAUGUAUGUAUUAUUUUUAUCAAUAUUUACUAAUCGA